AUUGCUGCUUUAAUGUCCGCCAUGUUUGCCGUGGCGCAUGUCGCGGACCGACGGCCAAAUUUCGGUUUCUCGGGCUCGGCUCGGUCGGCAUGAGGGGCAUUUCGAGGAGCGCCCUAUCCACCCAGGGGACGGACUCCUUAACUCGCAUCCAUGAGCGGCUCCGGGCGUCCCGCCGCCGAUUUAAGACUGGUCUAAAACGCCAUCUUUGUGCCAGUGAGGUCCGCUCCUUUUUCUGCGCGGUGUGUGCAGUAACCUCGCGGCGAUAAUUGGGGAUUUUAUUUUCGGGGGUUAAAAUUCCUCUCCCGGCCUCCGCGCAGCACCAUGAGUAAACUCUCGUUCCGAGCGCGGGCGCUGGACGCCGCCAAGCCGCUCCCCAUUUACCGGGCGAAGGAUCUGCCGGAUCUUCAGGAUUGCGUCUCCAUCAAUAGGGCCGUGCCGCAGAUGCCGACCGGUAUGGAGAAAGAAGAGGAGUCGGAACAUCAUUUGCAGAGAGCUAUUUCAGCCCAGCAGGUCUUCAGAGAAAAAAGGGAGAAUAUGGUCAUUCCAGUGCCUGAGGCAGAGAGUAAUGUCUCUUACUAUGAUCGUCUAUACAGGGGGGAAUUCAAGGUUCCAAAACAGCUCAUUCACAUUCAGCCUUUUAAUCUGGAUAGUGAACAGCCAGAUUAUGACAUGGACUCUGAAGAUGAGAUCUUAUUCAAUCGUCUAAAUAGAAAGAUGGAGAUUAAACCAUUGCAAUUUGAAGAGAUGUUUGACCGACUGGAAAAGGCUACUGGGAAUCAGCUUGUAUCUAUUCAAGAGGCCAGAUUGCUUUUGAAAGAAGAUGACUACCUGAUAAAAGCAGUGUAUGAUUACUGGGCAAGGAAACGCAAAAACUGCAGGGCACCCUCCCUUAUCCCCUUGGUGAAACAGGAGAAAAGAGAUGGUUCCACUAACAAUGAUCCAUAUGUUGCUUUUCGAAGGAGAACAGAGAAGAUGCAGACGAGAAAGAAUCGCAAAAACGAUGAAGCUUCAUAUGAGAAAAUGUUGAAGCUGCGUCGCGAGUUCAGCCGGGCAGUUACCAUUCUAGAAAUGAUUAAGAGGCGGGAAAAGACUAAAAGGGAUUUGCUUCAUCUUACACUGGAUGUGGUUGAGAAAAGGUAUCAUAUGGGUGACUUUGGUGGAGAAAUUAUGAGUGAGCUGAGGACUCUGAAACAAGAAAAGAUGGUCUCCAACACUCCAGUAUCUCUUCACAAUGGUAAUCAUUACAAAGCACCUGAAAGCAAGAUUGUUAAGCAACAACAGCCACACCUGAUGUCAUUCAAAGAGGAGGUUACUGAUACUGUUCGAGUAAAAAAGAAAUAUGUGAAGAAGAAACAUAAAACUUCAGAGUGUGUUGUUUUACACCAUCCGACUAGCACAGAAUUACAACCAGCCCUGAAGAGGGACAUUAAGCAGUAUGACUUUCUCAGUUCUGAUGAAGAGUCUUACACGCAGGUCCCUUCUCCUGUAUCGGAGCCGGAAGAAGACAGUGAUCCUGAUGGGCUUUUUGCUUUCAGGAGGAAAGCAGGUUGCCAGUACUAUGCUCCUCAUUUGGAUCAGAUGAGCACGUGUCCAUGGCAGACUCCUGAACCAGCUGGGCUAAGUGAAUCACGGUACAGGUACUGCUUAACCACACUCACCGUUCCAAGAAGGUGCAUAGGUUUAGCACGGAGGCGCAUAGGUCGUGGAGGAAGGUUUUUGUUAGAUCGUGCAUCCACAGAUCAUGAUCACAUUCUACGCCAAAUUGACCCAGAAAUGCUGUCAUCUCCUAGCUCCCCAGCUGCUUUACCGUCUGAUGACUCAUGGACCAUUUCUUCCAAUAAAGACUUUACAAAUAGACUGUCACUUAGUGAAAUACUAAGCAAUAUCAAAACAUGCCGAUUACGGCACUUCCAGCCUCGGUUAUCCCAGCUUCAGGACAGCGAUAACCACUGUACUUCCAAAAAAUUAGGACAGAAUGUGAAUAAAAAAAGAAUUCCAAUGUCUUCUAUUUUACCAUCAAGUACCGUGAUCACCAGUAGAAAUAGGAUAUCUGGUGGCAUAACGGAAGAGCAGUACCACACCCAUCAACAACAGCUUGUUCAGAUGCAGAGACAACAGUUAGCACAGAUGCACCGUCAACAAUCCCAACAUUCCUCAAAUAUCUCCCACGGAAGUUUACAGGGAUCCAGGAUAUCUGAUUGCUCUUCAAAAACGCUGGAUUCAGCUAGUGCCCAUUUUGCUGCAUCAGCAGUAGUUAGUGCUCCUGGACCAGGUCAGGCAGAAGUUUCCAAGGAUGCUGCAGGUCAUACUACAAACAUGAAUGGUGUCGUUCAGCCUGCAGGCACCUAUCGGAAUCUCCAAACCUCCAAUGCUUCUUCAUCCUCUAGUCCAGGGUUAUCUACUGUACAAAUUAUAAGAACUGUCAGUCGCACCUCAGCAAAUCACGUGUUCCCUGCAUUACGCACAAGCAGUCCCCAGUCGUUUCCUGUGAACAAUUCCUGUAUAGGAACUGCUGUGCGGCUGAACAGUAUGAAUGUGGUUACCCCUGUCAAUGUGCAUCUCAGUGCAAGGACUUCAGCACCUUCUCCUUCUGCCUUAAAGCUGGCCACAGCUGCUACCAGUCUUGACAGGGUGCCAAAGGUGACCCCUAGUAGUACCAUCAGUAGCUUGGCUAGGGAGAGUAGCGAACCAGAGAGAUUAUUGAAUGGUAUUGCAGACAAAACAGUAGCUAUGGAGGUGACAUAACGUCAUCUAAAGCACCUCUUCUAAGACAUAGUGAUGGAAAUCUUGCAUUCCAGUAAGAAUGCAGAAUAAGGCACCCAAUGGAUUGCAAGUGCUAAAUGUGGACCUGAAUGGUGUCAUAUCAUAAAUGUAAAAUUCUGUCUAUAUAUAAAUGUAAAUUUUGUAAAGUUCAGGUGAUCACUACCUUGUACAAUAGUUUAUUUGUAUCAUCAUAUGUAUUUCUGUUACUUGAAUACUAGAUAUUCAUCAUGCUUUGCACUUGAAAUUACAACAGAAUGAAAAUGACACAAAUCUAUGGGAUCAUGAGCAUGAAAUUGGGAUCCUUUUGUCACUUGUUUUAACUAUUUAUUUUGCCAUGUUUACAUUUUGUAACUUGUACAAAUCAACUUUGUGCUUAAAAAAAAUUUAAAGAUAUUUAGGUAGGCCAUGUAAAUCCUUGUCAUUUUUUGUACAUUGUAAAGUUUUCACUUUUUUUUCUCACAAAUUGAAUAGAUGGAUGUUUGGUAAAUACUAAGUGACAUUUCUUUAUCAGACAUUUAAGUCAAGACAAAAAAAUAGUAUUUUCUAUUGUUUUGGAGGGUGAGGGUUGUGAAACAGAAUUGAAGAUGAUCAACUUCCAUUUUGCUCCUUUUCCUGUGGCUGCAAGGCAAGUAACAGGUUAGAAAGACUGUCUGACUUUUAUGUUUGGACUCCUUUAGUAUAGUGUUUUUAUGAGUUUAUACAAUUACGAUUACAUAGGCCUUUUCAACAGUAUUAGUAUUGGAAUGUUAGUGUCAGCACUACAUCAGACAACUUCCUUGUUACUUGAUCUUGUUAAGUGGAAAAAAAUGCAGGGAAAUUAAACAUACAUAUCAGAA